ACGCCACCCCUUCUAGACUCCAACCACUAUGAGCUCAGAAGACCAAUUCACAUCAAUACAAUGGGAUAGAGACGAAAUGGAUCAUACAAAUAAUAGUCAUACUGAUAAUACAUUCCUGCCAAUUGAAGAGGAGACAGAACAACAACCGUCUAUAUCUGGUCCCUUAGAAUCUACAGCAGAACACUCCACCUCUGACCUUUCGGGUUCAAGAAGCUCAAUCAAAGGCAUCCACGAAGAUAAACCAGAAAUUAAAAGUGAAGGAAGCUCUGAUGACCCGAGUAAUUCCUUGUUGAUUUCACAAGAAGAGCAUAUCAGUAACCCCACAUCCACAGUUACCCCACCAAAGUCGGACGAGAAUCUUACUACUCCUGCCCACAGCAUUCGUAAAACUCUGGUUCCUGAAACUGAACCGGUGGUUACCCACGAACAAAUCGAUGUCCCCGCUGAAGAAGACUUGCUGUUUGAGAAGUAUACAAUAAAAACCACAGUUACCAAUCCAACAAGAGAUUUAGACACCGCAUCCAAACCAUUCAUAUCAUAUUUGGUAACUACUACAACAGACCAUCCCUCUAUUUUGAAAUUAAGUGUUGAAAAGAAGCUAAAGGAAGGCGAACAAUAUUUGAGCAUCAGUGUUAGAAGAAGAUAUGGCGAUUUCAGAUACUUGUAUGAAAGUUUGAGUAAUGAUUAUCCAACAGUUAUGAUACCACCGUUACCUUCCAAGCUGAAUUUCAAGUAUUUGACUGGGGACACAUUUGGAACUGAAUUUGUUAAUAAGCGUUUGCAUUCACUAGAUAGGUUUAUUCGAUUUAUUUUACAACACAGAACCUUGUCUCAACUGCCAAUCUUCCACUUAUUCAUCACCAAUUCCAACGAUUGGGCCACAUUUACCACCUCGCUUCGUAUCAAAGAUAUUAAUCUGGAAGAUAGUGGAUUUGUCAAUAAGGUUGUGAAUGAAGAUUUGAUAACCGAGAAAGUGAUGAAUUUCUUGACUCCCUCGAAACAUAAACGCGAAACAAACAGAGAUAUUUUGGAAAUCAAUGAUAAAUUGAAGAAAUUGUAUGAGAAUUUAAUCAAGUUGGACAAAAUCUUUGUCAAACUUAAUAGAAAGAAUCAUGAACUUAGUGUGGAUUAUGAACAAUUUCUGAACCAAAUUAUAAAAUUAACUUCAGUUCAACAGAAACCUGCAGCGAAUGGAGAAAUUGGAGAAGUAAAUAGUUCGUUCAAGGAAGAAACUUCAAUUGCGGCCAAUUUUAAGAUUUUUGCCGAAUCAUUAAGCUAUUUUCUGACGUCAUGGGGUAAAUUAUACAAGUAUGUUGAUGAAUCGUUUCUUGUUUCGUUAAAGGACUGUUCUAAAUACAUUGUGAGCUUGACCAAUUUAAUCGAAUUACAACAUAAUAAGAAGAUUGACUUACAGGUAUUGCAAGAAUACUUGGCGAAAACCCGAAAUGAGUUGGCCAGCUUGGGAGGCAGUGUUGGUGCACAUCCUCCCCCUAAUCCUGUGAUAAAUUCUUAUCAAACUGGAGGCAUUGUUAAUAAUACUGCUCAAUUAAUUAAGGAUACUUUGUCAACAUCAGCGACUCCACAUAUAGGAUCAAAUGCCACCGAUAACAAGGUGCAAAAAUUGGAAAAUAAAGUGAUUCAAUUGGAAAAUGAAAUUGCUAUGCAAACAAAGUUGGUUAAUAAUUUGACAAACAAGAUCAUAACAGAAGAGUACCCUAAUUGGGAUAAAUUUAAUAAGAACGAGUUAAAGCAUUCGAUGAUUGGUUUAUGUGACGAACAAAUCAAUUUCUAUAAAGGUUUAAUAGAUAAAUGGGGAGAUGCCGAAAUGAAAUUAUUAAAAAGAUUGGAUGAAUUAAAUUAAUGUGUUAUAUAAAUAUAAAUACCUUUCACAAGAUUUUGAUUUGAAAUUAAGUUUAUCUUGUAUAAUUUUAUGCAUGAAUUUAUAAAGCUCUUGAAAUCCUAAUUGUAUUUGUGAGAUCCGCAGCAAAGGAUACCUCAAACUGUUCCUCAUUGUUAUACAACUCAUGAGGUAUAUCCCAAGCACUUCCUAACCCUUGUACGAGAUAUGAAACGAUAUCAUCACAAUAGCCAAUUAAACUUAAAUCGAAAUCCCGAUCAGGAAUUGGAUCCUUAUUAAUUAAUACUCUAGGAACACGACGGGGAACUUUAUCAAUGAUACUGGCCACUGGCUCCACUUUUAAUGAUGUACCAAUAACUAAAACCAAAUCACAAGAUUUAACAUCACUGUGAAGGUUUCGAUGGAAUUUCUUUGGCAAAUCUUCACCAAAGAAUACAAUAUCCGGUUUGAUUACCCCAUGACUCAUCUGCGCUUCUCUUAUACUUGCCCAACAAGUAGAACAUCUGGGGACUUGUUGAUGCCGUAUAUGAUCGAAUAUUUUUGCACCCAAAAAUUUGUUUUUGCAAGUUAUACAUGUAGCUUCAGCAAAAGAUCCAUGGCAUUGAAUCAAUUUGUUUGGUAAUAUGCCAGCCUUGGUUUCAAGAUUAUCUAUAUUUUGGGUAUAAUUUCUCAAUAAUUUAUUUUUAUCUUGUAAUAAUUUUAUGAAUGCAUGCAAUACGGAGUAUUUCCCUUCAGGCGGUAAAACUAAAUGAGCGUUGGAAUAAAAUAAAGUAGGAUCUUUCAUGAAUGUGGAUUUAUCAAAUACUUUCUGGGGUUCUGACAAUGCCGCUGAUAAUUGUGAAUAAACCCCUUGGAAUGAACGGAAAUCAGGUAUUCCCAAUGAAGUAGAAAUCCCGGCUCCAGUUAUGACUAGUACUUUUGAGCUUUUGGUAAGGUCGUGACGCAAGUCGUCAACGGUAUAGUAUUGCUCUUCAAUGUCCAGGAUCUCAAAAUACUCUUGAUCUUUAGCGUUAAUGGUAUCGUCAUUCAUUAUCAAGUCAACCAAUAUUGAUAAUGUUUCUCUUAUGGUUAAUAUUUGAUAGUGUUGUAUAUUUUCUUUGGAGUAACCAAAAUCAACAAUCAUCGUACAAAUUUCCCUCUUGGUCAUUGAUUCAGGGAUAUAUUUAUUGAGGAAUGCCAUUAGCCCCUUUUCUUUUAUGUAUGUGCGGUAAUCGUGCUCUAAUUGUUUAUUGGGCUGAAGCAAUGCAAGAUCAGUGAACGAUGUAUCUUCCUUGGUAG